CGGAGUAGGGUUUUAAACGUAGUUACCUCAAAACUUAAGACUGCCUCUUCCCGUCCUAAAGAGAGAGAAAGGUAGGAAAGAUGGUGCAGAGACUGACUUACAGGAAGCGCCAUAGCUAUGCCACGAAAUCCAACCAACACCGUGUCGUCAAAACCCCUGGUGGGAAGUUGGUGUAUCAGACAACCAAGAAGAGGGCUAGUGGUCCUAAGUGCCCCGUCACUGGAAAGAGGAUUCAGGGGAUUCCACAUUUGAGACCAACAGAGUAUAAGAGAUCCAGAUUGUCUAGGAACAGGAGGACUGUGAAUCGUGCCUAUGGUGGAGUUUUGUCUGGAGGAGCAGUGAGGGAAAGGAUUGUCCGAGCUUUCUUGGUGGAAGAGCAAAAAAUUGUUAAGAAGGUUUUGAAGAUCCAAAAAACCAAAGAAAAAUUGGCAGCUAAGAGCUAAGCAGAGAGUUUUUAGGGAAUCUUCUUUUAAGUUUUAAUGAAAUUUUGACAUUCAAGUGUUUACUAUAUGUGUGCUACAAGUGACUUGAUUGCUACAACAAUUUGAGGAGCAUUUUGCUUUAGUUGGUUA